UUCAGCACAGACCGCUUGGUGGUCUAUGAUGAACUGGGCACGUUUUCCCAUCUAGCCCAAUUCCCUUCCCAUGUGUUGGCUUGGAAUUUUGAGGAUUAACUUGGGAACUUGAGGAACUGACCACUAUUUCUAGACCACCAUCCUUCCAGGUUCAGGCAAGUGGUACGAUAGGCCUACGGCUGGACAACAGGGACAGCCGAAUUUAGAUUAGAUCAGAUUUUGAGACGCUACAAAUCCACAGUUGAAGAUGGGUUGUGGUUGCCAGUCACGUUACUUUGACCAACCGGCAGCAGUAACACCAGAAGGUGUUCGUGUCGGAGCACAUUCAAACCUUCCUGUUGAUGCUGUGCCAUACACCGGACCAAGAUAUCAAUACUGCUUCAUUAAUGUUAAAGCAAAACUCACAGGACAUGUUAAGUUUCUAUCAGCAGCUCUCAUCACAACGAACAUCGAUAACUACUACCCGACCUUAUGCCAGCCGUACGCAGAUGGCUUCAUCAUGAAACAGUUCCAGGCCAUACCGUAUGUCCAGACCCAGGCUGCUCUUAGCUUCAGUUUAAAAGUGCCAUAUGAAGCAAUGCUGUGUAAGCCUAUCAACAUGGCUCCUUCCCAUGAGAGAUGGCAGCUUAGGGUUGAGAAGAGCUUCUUGCAGACACAACUAACUAACAUCAAUUACUUCACAGCUAGCCACACUUCACAGUCCGACACAUCUGAUAUUUUUCAAAAGAUCAACAGUGUGGUUCAGCAAGGUGGACGUUUGAUAUGUAUUGAAAUCACCGGUCACCAGCGAGGACCCACCAUAAGGCAGCAAUACGCAGGGAAUAUGGGAGUCAAAGGUGUCGAUCUCUUCUUCAACAUGCCGCUCCACCAGAAUCCAACAUUUUACACUUACCAAGCAGUCAGCGUACCAAUUCAGUUUCAAAUAACUGGUUGUGGUUCUGCAACCAUCAAAGUGUUAACGGACUUCAUGGCCCAGUUUGCUGCUUUCCUGCAGAAAGGCUGGAAGCUCGUCGAGAUCAACUUUGACUCUUCUACGAGCAUGCAGGUUCAAUUUUUACGAGCAAACUCAACUAUGAACUCCAUCUGGUUCUUCGAGAAAGAAGUUUCCAAGAUCAAUUCUGAAGUACCGGAGUGGGAGGGAACGGUCGUCCAUUAUGAACACAAGAUUGCGACAACGUGUGGUGGCACCAGAGCAGCAACCAACUGGGAUCCAAUCUUGGUUGAAAUGGGCCAGAGAGGCUGGGAACUGGCUUGCCUGUUAGAGUCUCCAGAAAUAUAUCGGACUGGAUGCAUUACAGCUGGUAUAAAAGUCAUCAUGUUCUUCCAGCGACCCAUUAUGCGUCCGGUUGGAGGGACAGCGGGUUUCUCUGCAGCACCGCCCCCACCUUAUCCCGAAGAGUCGUCUUUAUAAAGGAACAUUACAGAAUUGAUGUUUAUAUUUGGAAGAAAUGGGAGUGUUUACGUUUUUUGUUACGUUGAUACUCGGCAGAAUCCUUGAGUGAGGACGUAAGGUCAAGGGUGCUUGAUUGUUGAUGCAGUGCAGAUCGGACACAAAAGUGCUAACAGAGAAACAAAACUCGGGAAGAAACUCGGGAAGAUCAAUCUGGAAUUGGAAUACACAAUAUCAGACCAUGACUGACAGAAUCGCUUCUCAUUUCCAAAUUACUUCAAAGAGAAAUGUUUCUUAAGGGCGUGUGGGUUCGGGAGUCAUGACACUUGUGUCCUUAAGCAAGACACUUAACUACUGCUUCGUCCUUCAGAUGGGAUGUAAAGCUGUAGGUCCCAUGUUUUGUUAUAAAAACUAUCAACACUUAUCGUAAUAAGAAGGGGUUCGUCUCGUGUUGUGCAGUGCGACUAUCUUCAAUUAUGAAGGCUGCUCUUAAAAGGAAGAAGAAGAAGUGUGCUAUGAUCUUGAUGAUUUCUGGAUACGACCGGAAAUUGAUUUAAUUUUCACUGCGCACUGAGGAGCGUAUGGCGUUAUGUUUAAUAUUGAUCUUGAUGGAAUAGUGCCUUCUAAAUUGUAAUUGUUAUGUUAUGUUUUUAUUAGUUGAGGGUAACACCAUGAUUGAGUUUCCGUUGUUUGACCUCAGCAUUGCCAGCAAGGGUCCUAUUAGUAUGACAUAAACGAUGGAUGUACUUUAAUAAAUUCAAAAAGCACAAAGUGUUAAAAUACUUUUUAGAUCAAAACCCACUGAAUUUGUUAUGUGCCCAACUGGCCACUAUAAAAAUCAUUUUAUUGUUUUGAUUGAUAAUUUUCCUUAAUGUAAAUAUCUCUCUACCUUUGUAACUAUUCAAAAUAGGUAUUCAUUUUAAAUGUCAGAUUCAUUCUUUGAAUAAAAUGUUUUAAUAAAUUAUUUGAGUUUCCUCUGAAAUAGCACAACUGAUGAGGUGCCUCCUUGUAGUUUAUUUCAAUGUGAUUGAACAAAUCUCUGAAAUAUUUGAACAGGUGAAUGUUGAUGUAUUCAUUUUGUGAUGAAAAACACUCAUAUGUUUAAAAGCCCGGUUUAUAUUUAUUGCGACUGUGGUACAAAUUUUGACGUCACAGCUCCAUUUUUUGCUGCGAAUAUUUCGCAGGAGUUGAGCUCAAGUCAACUCUUCCAAUUUUUGCGAAUUUGUGACGUCAAAGUUUUUAUCGCAGGAAGUAUGAAUGGACGUCUCCUAAUGAGUUGCAGUAUUGUGUUUUCUAGUAUUUCUUAGGUAUACCAGCAUAGUUUGCUACAUUGCAACAUUGAUGAUAGGUUUUAGUUCGUGCGCAUUAUUAUAAAUGUCUUUAUAUAAUUAUUAUUAUCAUAGUUUCCAUAGGGUAAACUGUAUUUAGCUUGUGAUAUAAAUGGAAAAUAACUAAGUUUAUGGAUGACUCUCCUAGAGUAAUGCAUGUCCUAGUAUUUCUUAUAUUUAAACAGCUACCUGAGCGGAAUGUUUUCAACGGAAAUUGUAUUAUAACUUGUUUAUAAUGCACUUGUUCA